GUUUAUUGGGGAGGCAUGGCGCGGGCUCGCCGUCGCACAGUCUCGCGCCGCCGCGGCCAGCCGGCGCAUCGGUGCAACGGGAUGCAUUCGUAUUCGCGUUGAGGGUGUAGCGCGAUACACGCGUACCAUAAACUAACGUUCCCAUGUGUGCUAUAGAUCAGUGAGAUGCCGCAAACGGAUUGCUCGGUUCAAGUUUCGAUAACAGUGCAACCGAAUCGCAAUAAAUUGCAAGUGUUUGUUGACGUUUUCAUGAGUAACAGUAGCAGCUCAGGGUCGGGCGCCGCGCCGCCGCACGAGCCGGACCCGGACCUCGACUCGAUGCACAUGAUGCUGGACCCGCACCUGCGGCCCAUCUCGCCGGACCUCGCCAACGAGGAGUCCAAGCGGAUAUUCGAGGAGCACAAGCAGCUAGCGCAGGAGUACCUUAAGAUACAAACAGAAUUAGCAUACCUCAGCAAGCACAAGACAGAAUUAGAGGAGAAUAUGGAUGACGACGAGUUACGGCAGAAGAGAGAGAUUAUACAACUGGAGAAUGAGAAGGACUCACUAAUAAAACUGUACUGCACGUUGAAGAAGCAAGUGGCUCGCGCUGAGAACGAGAGCUGGCUGCUCGCUGAGGACGCGCCGCACGAGUGACACUCACACCACACACUCACACUCACACUUUCACUAAACACAUUGGGUAUAACACUAAAUGUUUGGAAUUACACUAAGGUAGACGACUAUUUUAUUUGGUAAAACGCGGGGCUUUAGGAGUGUUUGUUUAGGUUUCUGCAUAAAAUAUCAGAUUUUAUUUUUUUAUUUGCAUAAAAUAAUGUAUUCAUGGUUGAUCGUUAAUAAAAAAUGAUAUAAUCAAAGUCCGAUUGUCAUAGCUUUUCAGUUAAGUACCAGAAAAAUAUAAAUAUAGAUUGUGAGAUAGUAAAGGAGUUUAGAUGAAAUAGAUCGUACAAAUGAUAAGAUAAUAUCAAAGACAAUAAUUAUUCAGUGCAAUGGGGUUGGAGAUUUGAUAUUUUAAUAUAAAAUUUUCACGGUCAUACGGUUACUAGGACUUGGAGUGAAGUAAAUUUUAAUGUUAAGAAAUUCCGAAAUCUCUCAUUUAGUUUGAAUCCAUUUUAAAACAUUUGAAUUUAGUUUGAAUUGUUAUUUUAUUUUCAUUAUGCUACAAAUUUUAUUCUAGGCAAAACUAGAUUAUGUAGUACUUUCAAAAAACCUGCCAAUUGUGUAUAAAUUUCUUUAAACAUUAUGAAACAACUAUUGUUUUUUAUCCUUUUACUAAACAUUACAAAUAAAGAUCGAGUUUAGUGUGAGUUCGCGACGACCAA